AUGUGCGCACGCUCCUCCUUCCGGGAGAGGUUCCACCCCUGAGGCCCUGGCCUCGCCCCCUGCUCCCUUUCCGGCCCCGCCUCUGGUGCGCGCGGCCAGCUGAGCCCCGGGAAAGGCGGUGAUCGCGGCUGCAACAGCAUGACUUUGGAGGCGAUCCGCUACUCGCGGGGCUCACUACAGAUCCUCGACCAGCUGCUGCUGCCCCAGCAGAGCCGCUAUGAGGCGGUGGGCUCGGUGCGCCAGGCCUGGGAGGCCAUCCGCGCUAUGAAGGUGCGCGGCGCCCCAGCCAUUGCGCUCGUAGGCUGCCUCAGCCUCGCCGUGGAGCUGCAGGCGGGCGCCGGGGGACCCGGACUUGCCGCGCUCGUGGGCUUCGUGCGCGACGCUCUGAGCUUCCUUGUCACCGCCCGGCCCACCGCCGUCAACAUGGCCCGCGCCGCCCGAGACCUGGCCGACCUCGCAGCCCAGGAAGCGGAGCGGGAGGGCGCCACGGAGGAGGCGGUCCGAGAGAGAGUGAUCCGCUGGACCGAGGACAUGCUGGCAAAAGACCUCCGGGACAAUCGGAGCAUCGGGGACCUGGGAGCCCACCACCUCCUAGAGCGGGCAGCACCCGAGGGCGGCAAGGUGAUAGUGCUGACCCACUGCAACACUGGUGCGCUGGCCACUGCUGGCUAUGGCACAGCCCUAGGUGUGAUCCGCUCGCUGCACAGCCUGGGCCGUCUGGAGUAUGCCUUCUGCACGGAGACCCGGCCCUACAACCAGGGAGCCCGGCUGACGGCCUUCGAGUUCGUCUACGAGCAGAUCCCUGCCACCCUUAUCGCUGACAGCAUGGCGGCAGCCGCCAUGGCCCACUAUGGAGUGUCAGCUGUCGUCGUGGGAGCUGACCGCGUGGUUGCCAAUGGCGACACGGCCAACAAGGUGGGCACCUACCAGCUAGCCAUCGCCGCCAAGCACCACGGCAUCCCCUUCUAUGUGGCUGCCCCCAGCUCGUCGUGUGACCUCCACCUGAAGACGGGCCGGGAGAUCAUCAUUGAGGAGCGUCCUGGCCAGGAGCUGACCCAUGUCAGUGGGGUCAGGAUUGCAGCACCCGGAAUUGGGGUUUGGAAUCCUGCCUUUGAUGUCACCCCCCACGACCUCAUCACUGGCGGCAUCAUCACAGAGCUGGGUGUCUUUGCCCCUGAGGAGCUCCGGGAAGCCCUAGGUGCCACGGUCACCCUAGAUGGACCCCAGAAGUAACCAACCUAGCUGUCCAUAUCCUGCCCCCAUUAUUUUUAUAAUAAACUUAUUGAAUG